AUGGAGACAGCUCUCAAGUCGUGGGAGCUCGACAACAACGUCAAGUUGGUCGACUCUAAACGCGACGCCCUCUACGACCUCGAUACCGAUGCCCAGAAGACAGCCAUGGCCGCCCGCCCGUGGGCCCAGAACCCGAACCACUUCAAGAACGUCCGCAUCAGCGCCGUCGCGCUCAUCAAGAUGGUCAUGCACGCCCGGUCCGGCGGCAAUCUCGAGGUGAUGGGGCUGAUGCAAGGGUACGUCAACGGCGACACCUUCAUCGUCACAGAUGCCUUCCGACUACCCGUCGAGGGAACCGAGACGCGCGUCAACGCCCAGGGCGACGCCGAGGAGUACAUGGUCGACUACCUCACCCUGUGCCGCGAGCAGGGCCGCAUGGAAAACGUCGUCGGCUGGUACCACUCCCACCCGGGCUACGGCUGCUGGCUCUCCGGCAUCGACGUCAGCACCCAGGCCCUGCAGCAGCAGUUCCAGGAGCCCUUCCUCGCCGUCGUAAUCGACCCCGACCGCACGAUCAACGCCGGCAAGGUCGAGAUCGGCGCCUUCCGCACGUACCCCGAGAACUAUGUCAAGGAGAAGGAGAGCAGCAGCGGCGGCGGCGGCGGCGUCACGAGCGACGGCUGGCAGGAGGUCCCCCUGGCCAAGGCGGCGGAGUUUGGCGCCCACGCGAGCAAGUACUACAGUCUGGAGGUGUCACAUUUCAAGAGCACGCUAGACUCGCACCUGUUGGAGCUGUUGUGGCACAAGUACUGGGUGCAGACGCUGAGCCAGAGCCCGCUCUUCACGAACCGCGACUACGGAAACAAGCAGAUGCUCGAUCUCGCCUCCAAGAUCAAGGAAGCCACGACGCAGGUUUCUCGGCAAGGACGGAGUGCGUCGUCGAUGAACGCCAUGGGCACGGGCGGCAAGAAGGUGGACGGCUUGGUCGAGAAGCUUGUCAAGGAUACCAACGCGGUGGCCAUGCAGGAGAAGACAGGCCUGGUUGCGAUGGAUAUCAAGAAGAAGAUUUUCAACGACGUGAGCGCGAACGCGUCGUAA